UUUCCGGUGUCUCUUCUUCAUGCAGACUGGCUCACGGCGAGUAGCCCACCUAGUGGGGCUGUUCUGCAUGGGGCUUGGGUUCUCCCCAAGGCUGGCUCAGCUAUUCACAAACAUUCCACUACCUGUGCUUGAUGGAAGAACUAGAGCAAGGCCUGUUGAUGCAGCCGUGGGCAUGGCUACAACUUGCUGAGAACGCACUCUUGGCCAAGGCGUCUAUCACCAAGCAGGGUUAUGCCUUGCUGAUUUCGGAUCUUCAACAGGUGUGGCACGAGCAGGCGGAUACUUUGGUAGUCAGUCAGCGAGCUAAGGAGCUGAACAAGCGCCUAACUGCUCCCCCCUCAGCUUUUCUCCAUCAUCUGGAGGAGCUGCUCCUCCCAUUGUUUAAAGAUUCUGCUCACCAGGAUGCUGCUCAUCCGAGCAAGGCUACCUUCUCCUGUGAUCACAUAGCAGAGGCACUGGUUCUUCGGGUGCGGAGUGAGCUGUCUGGUCUUCCCUUCAAUUGGCAUUUCCACUGCAUUCCAGCAAGUUCUUCACUGGUCUCUCAGCAUCUGAUUCGUCCUCUGAUUGGUGUGAGCCUGGCAUUGCAGUGUCAUGGGAGGGAGCUAGCAGCAUUGCUUCGGAUGAAGGAUCUAGAGAUCCAGGGCUACCAGGAGAGUGGAGCUGUGCUGAGCCGAAGUCGAUUGAAGACAGAGCCAUUUGAAGAAAAUUCUUUCUUGGAACAGUUUAUGGUAGAGAAAUUGCCAGAGGCAUGCUCUGUCCGUGACGGAAGGCCAUUUGCCAUGAAUCUGCAGAGUCUGUAUGUGGCAGUCACCAAACAGCAGAUCCAAGCAGGGCAGAAGCGGCAAGGCUCUGGGUGCUUCAGGUACUAUGCAGAGACCUCAGCUGGCAAAGGCCAAGAGGAAGAAGCCAAGAGGACUCUUCAGUUAACUUGCCAUGUCUCUGCCACUGAGAAGGGAGCAGAACAGCUUCCCAGUAUCGUCUGGAAAGGAGCUGGCAUGGCAGAGCAUCCCUCAAAGGAUGGAGCUGCAUUCAGAGGCCACCUGAAUGGGAACUUCCUCUCUGGCGGAAGCUUGGCUCUGGCUCCAACUCUCUGACACUGCCAUUCCAUAUAUGAGUGAAGCCAGCUCCUCAUUCGGUGGCAUUCUUUCUGUAGAACUAGUACCCUCUGGUGAACUUAGAUAAAGCAAGUCUGUAAAGAGGCCCAUGCCCAAGAUACCUGUCUGCUUUUCACAAGGGCCCCUCAGUUCCACGUGCCCUUAGAAACUCUCUUGUCUCCUACCACAGAAUAAAGGGCACUCACACUGCCCUGCUGUUGAGGUUA